UUUAAGUCAAACCAAGCCAAACACUGUCCUGUCUAGCAAAACCAGCAACCAAACGACCCAGAAUUCCAAAAUCCACAGGUUUUCUGUUCUCUCCCAAAAACCCAAACACUCCCUUCUAUAAAAUCCAUUACACACUCUGCACACCUUACUAUCAUAAUUUCAACUUCAAUUUCUAAACUGUUCGAAUCCCAAACACCUAAAUUCAAUGGCUGAUGCUAAGGAACGCAAAAUCCUGGUGGCCGUCGAUGAAGGCUUGGAAAGCAUGUACGCUCUUUCAUGGUCUCUCCACAACCUGAUUUCUCAAACUUCAAAUGAUACCAUUAUCCUCAUUUACGCUAAACCUCCACGAACCGUAUACACUUCGCCAGAUGGAUAUUUGUUUUCUCCUGAUAUGUUGGCCUCCAUUGACAAAUGCAGAAAUGAUCUGGCGUCUUCUAUAAUCGAGAAGGCCAAAAAGAUGUGUAGGGAGCAAGGUGAUAAUGAGGUUAAAGUAGAGGUGAUAAUAGAGACUGGUGAUCCAAGGGACGUGAUUUGCCAAGCUGCUGACAAGAUCCAUGCUGAUGUGCUUGUUAUGGGAAGCCAUGGCUAUGGCUUGAUUAAGAGGGCAUUCUUGGGGAGUGUAAGCAAUCACUGUGCACAGAAUGUGAAGUGCCCUGUUUUGAUUGUGAAGAAGCCCAAAUCUUCCUCCUCUGCAACUGGAACCAAAUGAUUGAGAUUUGGGACACAUUCAUAAUUUCUCUUAGUUGUAUAAAGUUUUAUAUUUUUCUUCCAUCUUUGAUUGUACUUUCAUACUCGAAUGUCAAGAACUGAACUUUGAUUAUUACAAUAGAUAUAUACCGUCACUGUAA